GGACUGGGGCCCAGUGAUAGUGGCGGUGGUGCUGUUCGUGCUGCUGACUCCAGGCCUGCUGAUUCAGAUCCCUGGGAGGAACAGAGUGGUGGAGUUCGGGAACAUGCAGACCAGCGGCGCUUCCAUCUGUGUCCACGCCAUCAUCUACUUCGGUCUAAUAACCAUCUUCCUCAUCGCCAUCGGCGUCCACAUAUAUGCUGGUUAAUUAAUCAAGACUCUGUACUACGGAGGCAGUUUCCCAGUUCGCUCUCGCCGCUUUCACUUUUUCAAGUUUCUCCGCUUCUUUUGCGUUUCUAUUUUCCUGUUUUUGGGCUGUAA